GCCCGGGAGAGUCAGAAAGGCGAGGGGCCCCGGGAGCAGGCGUGUGGGACUCCUGACCGGAGAGCCGGAGGCUGCGCCUUCCCCGCACCGGGACCUCCACGCCACGCCACAGCCUCGCCCUUGCCCCGUGCGAGCGCCCACGAUGACCACCACACUCGUGUCUGCCACCAUCUUCGACUUGAGCGAAGUUUUAUGCAAGGGUAACAAGAUGCUCAACUACAGUGCUCCUAGCACAGGGGGCUGCCUGCUGGACAGGAAGGCAGUGGGCACCCCGGCUGGUGGAGGUUUCCCCCGGAGGCACUCUGUCACCCUGCCCAGCACCAAGUUCCACCAGAACCAGCUCCUCAGCAACCUCAAGGGUGAACCAGCCCCGGCCCUGAGCUCUCGGGACAGCCGCUUCCGAGACCGCUCUUUCUCAGAAGGGGGUGAGCGGCUGCUGCCCACUCAGAAGCAGCCCGGAAGCGGCCAGGUCAACUCCAGUCGCUACAAGACGGAGCUGUGCCGCCCCUUCGAAGAAAACGGCGCCUGUAAGUAUGGAGACAAGUGCCAGUUCGCGCACGGCAUCCAUGAGCUCCGCAGCCUGACCCGCCAUCCCAAGUACAAGACCGAGCUGUGUCGCACCUUCCAUACCAUCGGCUUUUGCCCCUACGGGCCCCGCUGCCACUUCAUCCACAACGCCGAGGAGCGCCGUGCCCUGGCCGGGGCCCGGGACCUCUCCGCUGACCGUCCUCGUCUCCAGCAUAGCUUUAGCUUUGCUGGGUUUCCCAGUGCCGCUGCCACCGCCGCUGCCACGGGGCUGCUGGACAGCCCCACAUCCAUCACCCCACCCCCCAUUCUGAGCGCCGAUGACCUCCUGGGCUCACCCACUCUGCCCGAUGGCACCAAUAACCCCUUCGCCUUCUCCAGCCAGGAGCUGGCGAGUCUCUUUGCCCCUAGCAUGGGGCUGCCCGGGGGUGGCUCUCCCACCACCUUCCUCUUCCGGCCCAUGUCUGAGUCCCCUCACAUGUUUGACUCUCCCCCCAGUCCUCAGGAUUCUCUCUCGGACCAGGAGGGCUACCUGAGCAGCUCCAGCAGCAGCCACAGUGGCUCAGAUUCCCCUACCUUGGACAACUCAAGACGCCUGCCCAUUUUCAGCAGACUUUCCAUCUCAGAUGACUAAAAAAAAAAAACAAAACAGGGUAGGGAGGGACCCCCCCCUUGCCCCUUCUACUCCCCUUCCUGCUGUACCCACAUCCUAGACCCUCCUCAACCCCUUCCCCACAGCCCUUAAUAUUAACAAGGUUAAGCUCAACCCCUUCCCAGAACCUUGGAAUGACCCAUCCUUCUCCCUUACCUUAUCUAUCCCCCCAUCCCCCCCCCAAAAAAAAUAAGGACAAGUCAAAUUUGUCAGUAGUUUAUUCUGGCUUGAAUUCCCCUCCCCCCUCCCUCAGUUUAUAUAGCCCACUUAACUACGCAGAACAGACAAGUCCUAUAUUCAUCGGUAGAUGCCUUGAUAUUUUUUCCCCUGGCUUAAGCCUUAAGUGCCAAAUCACAAAAGAAAAAGCAGUAACAGUUUACAGAAGCAACUUAGUGCCUUGUAAUCUAACUUUGUCACUGUGACUACAUUACCUCUUUAGCGCCAGGGGGCGCCCGUGGGCCUCCCGGAGCCUCUGCCCAGGGGGAGGGGGGGGAGACCCAGAAGCAGCAGCUCCCCCCACUGGCUACACAAAUGCACCUUCCCUUCAGUCUCCCGCACACUUCUUCCUCCCUCUUCCCAGUAGUUGCCCCACCCACCCCCCAGUUCUUGCUGGAGUUAGGAAACCUGUCUGAUAUUCAAAACCUUUUCCAGCUUGAACCCCUGUUGACUAAUCUUGCCUGGAUUUGUAUAGGUCUGCAGGAAGGAAGAUCGGAAAAAACAAAAAAACCACAAAAAAAAGGAUGAAGAUUAUUUUGACCUAAGUGGGACUUUGUGAUUUAAUUUUUUUUUUAACAAGUGGGGAGAAGGGGAAGCUAGAUAUGGACUAUGAGAGACUUGAUCUUGGUGCUAAAGUUCCCCAGUU